UGUGACCCCAGGGCCCAGUAGGAGUGUGAUAUGAAGGGAGGGUGUAUAAAUGUCCAGCCAGCAGUGCAGGGCCACAGUCAGCCUGCCUGAGGAGACUGUCACACACCUCCAGCAGAGUAAAGAUGAAUCCUCAAGUUCUGCUGUCCGUCUUGCUGGUCAUUUCUGCUGUCCAUAGCUUCCAGUAUACAGAACUGGUGCAGUAUGUUGACAACCACACAGAAGAAUAUGUACAGGCUCUGAGGGAAUGGGUUGCAAUCGAAAGUGACUCCAGCAAUGUCCUGAAGAGACCAGACCUCCACCGUAUGAUGGAAAUGACGGCUCAGAAGCUGAGACUGAUGGGAGGGACUGUGGAGUUGGUGGACAUCGGAGAGCAAGAACUUCCUGAUGGCCAGACGCUGGCAUUGCCUAAAGUGGUGACAGCUACGUUUGGCACUGACCCCAACAAGCACACAAUAUGUGUCUACGGUCAUGUGGACGUUCAGCCGGCGAAGCUGGAGGACGGCUGGGCCACAGAUCCAUACAACCUGACUGACAUCAAUGGUAACCUUUAUGGAAGAGGAGCAUCAGACAAUAAAGCCCCAGUUUUGGCCUGGAUCCAUGCUGUAGAGGCUUACCAGGCCCUCAGUGUGGAGCUGCCAGUGAAUGUGAAGUUUGUCAUUGAGGGCAUGGAGGAGACGGGCUCUAAUGGGCUGGACGCCAUGAUUCUGGCCCAGAGAGACACCUUCUUCUCAGAUGUGGAUUACAUCAUUAUUUCAGACUGCGGUUGGAUCAGCAGUCGGCCCGCCCUCACCUACGGCACCAGAGGCAACUGCUACUUCUUUGCUGAGGUUGAAGGACCUAAACAAGACUUACAUUCUGGUGUUUAUGGAGGCACUGUUAUCGAACCAAUGACCGACCUCAUUGGCAUUCUUGACACUCUGAUCAGUCCCAGUGGAAAGAUCCUGAUUCCUGGAAUCAGAGAGGCCGUAGCGCCCCUCUCUGAUGAGGAAUGGAAAAUGUACCAGGAUAUCCAGUUCGACAUGGACAGCUACAAGAGUAAGAUUGGUGUCACCCAGCUCAUGUACAGCAACAAGGUGGACUUGUUGGCUCACAGGUGGCGCUACCCGACCGUCUCAGUCCACGGCAUUGAGGGAGCUUUCUCUGAUCCUGGCAGUAAGACUGUCAUUCCUGCUAAGGUCACUGCUAAGUUUUCAAUCAGACAAGUUCCUAAUAUGGACCCUGCUAUGGUCAAGAAACAGGUUACGGACUACCUCAAUUCUGUGUUUGCUAAGAGGAAGAGUCCCAACAAGCUGAAAGUCACUAUGGUGAUCGGGGCCAAACCUUGGCUGGCUGACACUCAGCAUCCUCUGUAUGAGGCUGGAAAGGCUGCUAUUAAAAGAGUUUUCGAUGUGGAUCCUGAUCUGAUCCGUGAGGGCGGGACCAUCCCUAUUGCUAGAACUUUCCAGGAUGUGACGGGGAAAAGCAUCAUCAUGUUGCCCAUCGGAGGCUUUGAUGAUGGGAUGCACUCCCAGAACGAGAAAAUGAGCAGGUACAACUAUAUUGAAGGAACCAAGUUAUUCAUUGCCUACCUGAACGAAGUGUCCCAGAUUAAUAAGACCAGUGUGUGAUGUUCCAUGCUAUGAUGACCUCUUCAGCUACCAGUCCAGCUACAGCGAAGUGUGGUUCGAUAUUUUCACUGUGCCUUUUUCUAUAUCUCAUGCGUUGUUGUGUCUUUUGAUGACAAGCUUCUCUAUCUAUCUAUCUAUCUAUCUAUCUAUCUAUCUAUCUAUCUAUCUAUCUAUCUAUCUAUCUAUCUAUCUAUCUAUCUAUCUAUCUAUCUAUCUAUCUAUCUAUCUAUCUAUCUAUCUGUGUUAUUACUUUGGCAUUGUGACUGAAUGUAAUGACUACGACUUCUGAUUGGUUGAAGAAUCUUGAGUCACCCCUUGAUGCAGUUUUGCAUAUGUGGCAUAUUUUUAUGUUCCAUAUAAUGUCAGUCAGUACUGUAAGAAUGUGUGUGUGUGUCAUCUAGUAAAAACUGUACAAUGCA